UGAGGACAAGACGCAGGAGGGGGAAGAGAGAGAGCGAGAGAAAGAUACUGAGAAAAAGAGGAACAUAUAAAGAAGAAGCUCUCUGUGGGUGGCAACUGCUUUUUCUCUCCCCUGUUUUCAAGCUGCAGGACCAUUCUCUCUCUCUCUUUUUCACCCUUUUGGCGCACUUACAUCCCAUAAACCUUUGGGCACUCCCUUUCCGGUUCCUCGUCAUCUUGAGGUACACUAAACCUAGUGAAGAAAUACAGAGAAGAAGAUAGCCAAGAAAGAAAAGAUUCGAUUUUGCACGGCAUCAUCAUCUAGUUUCUCUCAUUUCCAGCUUGUUGAUAAAGGAAACCCAUCUUCUGCAAUAGAGAUAAGAGCUGGCUAAAGAAGAAAUUUCCUAUUUUUAUCUUCAACACCUUCUCGCUCUGCUGAUAUUAAAAUAACUAAUCCCUGGAGAAGGAAUCAGAGUUUAACGACAAGGAAAGAAUAAAGUUUCGAUUUUUACUGGCUUUCCCCCCUCUUUUGGUCUUUGUUUGGAUUUCUGGUUUUCCCCUGUGAGAUAUGUCGGAUUUCAAGCCGGAGGAGAUUAGUCAUCCACCCAUGGAUCAGCUUCAGGGCUUCGAGUACUGCAUAGACUCCAACCCAUCCUGGGGUGAAGCGAUAGCUCUAGGGUUUCAGCAUUACAUACUGGCGUUGGGGACUGCGGUCAUGAUUCCCACUUUUCUAGUUCCAUUAAUGGGCGGCAGUGACGAUGAUAAGGUGAGGGUAGUUCAGACAUUGCUAUUUGUGGGAGGAAUCAACACAUUGAUUCAAACCCUCUUCGGAACCCGUCUUCCAACCAUAAUUGGAGGAUCAUAUGCAUUCUUAAUCCCUACGAUUUCCAUAAUUCAUGAUUCAUCCUUCAGCCAAAUUGCUAAUGACCAUGAGAGAUUUUUACAAACCAUGAGGGCUAUUCAAGGAGCACUUAUAGUUUCUUCAAGCAUUCAAAUUAUAUUGGGCUACAGCCAGUUAUGGGGUAUAUGUACAAGAUUCUUCAGCCCUGUGGGAAUGGUUCCUGUGGUCUCGUUGGUGGGCUUUGGCCUUUUCUAUAGAGGUUUUCCAGUGGUUGGAAGAUGUGUGGAGAUUGGCGUUCCCAUGCUCAUCCUUUUUGUCGCAUUAUCACAGUAUCUGAAGCAUCUGAAUGUGAGGCGAUUACCUGUGCUGGAGCGCUUCGCUUUGCUAAUAUCAAUUGCCAUCCUUUGGCUCUACGCUCAUAUUUUGACGGUGAGCGGAGCCUACAAGUACAGGCCAGCGAAAACUCAGUUUAAUUGUCGUACCGAUCGAGCGAACCUUAUAUCUUCUGCAUCAUGGAUAAAAAUCCCAUACCCACUUCAAUGGGGGGCACCCACUUUUGAUGCCGGCCAUGCUUUUGGCAUGAUGGCUGCUGUAUUGGUGUCACUUGUUGAGUCCACUGGAGCAUAUAAGGCGGCAGCUAGGCUGGCAAGCGCAACACCGCCACCAGCUCAUGUUCUUAGUCGUGGCAUCGGAUGGCAGGGUAUUGGAAUUUUACUGGAUGGGCUCUUUGGUACAGUUUCUGGCUCUACUGUCUCUGUGGAGAAUGUGGGACUUCUAGGAAGCACGAGGGUCGGCAGCCGAAGGGUGAUACAGAUAUCAGCUGGUUUCAUGAUAUUCUUCUCCAUCUUGGGUAAGUUUGGAGCACUAUUUGCCUCCAUUCCUUUCACCAUAUUUGCUGCGCUCUAUUGCGUUCUUUUCGGCCUCGUUGCGGCUGUGGGUCUCUCCUUCUUGCAGUUCACGAACAUGAACUCGAUGCGCAAUCUCUUCAUCGUUGGCGUAUCCAUGUUCCUCGGCCUGUCAAUACCGGAGUACUUCUUCAGCUAUACAGAGAGUGCGAAUCACGGUCCUGCUCACACCAAAGCAGAAUGGUUCAAUGACUACAUCAACACCAUAUUCUCUUCUCCAGCAACAGUUGCUCUGAUUAUUUCUGUGUUUCUGGACAACACGCUGGACUUCAAGGAGACGGGUAAAGAUAGAGGAAUGCCAUGGUGGGUCAGAUUCAGAACUUUUAAGGGAGAUAGUAGAAAUGAAGAAUUCUACACUCUUCCUUUCAAUCUUAAUCGCUUCUUCCCACCUUCUUAAAGAACAAACAGUGCAGGCUUUGUUCAGAUAGAUUGUAUUGUUAUGGAGAAGAGCUUUUGGGGGGGUUGGGUUAUUUGAUGAGCAAAUUUUGAGAGAAUUAAGGGAGUUCAAUGAAAGUGUGUAAGAGAGAACCCACUGAAUCUGACCCCACCUAACUUAGGGAACUUGAUGCAGUUAUUAGAAUGAUGGAAGUUGGGUCUGUUUUUUAGUUGUAAGUAGUAGUAUUUAUGGAUUCUGGAUUUAUUAUGUAAUUUAUUCUGCUAAUAUGUAAAAUUUAUCUUCUUUUUUAAAAAUUUUAAUCUUGAAGACUGUUUUGGUUGUCAAUAUGUACA